AUGGUGAAGGUUUCAGAUUUUCCUUCUUUGUUAUUCAACAAAAUAGGGUACUCUGGGGAUUUAAUUCACAAUGAUCGGGUGGACAAGGUUCCAAAUCUUUGGCUUAUGUGGAGACAAGGUUCUUCUAGUCCCUCAGUUGUUUCUCUGUCUGACCAACAAUUAUCAGUCACGGUGGAUUGGCUAGGUUGUUCAAUGGGAUUGACCUUCGUUCAUGCAAGUUGUUUUAAGGUUAAUCGCCGAGAGCUCUGGACUGACCUGGGUUUGGUGGUAAACCCAAACAUCCCAUGGUCGGUCAUAGGGGACUUUAAUGCUACUCUUCUUUCAAAUGAAAAAAGGGGGCUAGGAAGAUUUAAUGCUAGCUCGGUGGCAGAGUUCCAAGCAAUGGUGGACACGUGUGCUUUGGUCCAAGCUCCUUCACAGGGGAAAAAGUACACGUGGACUAACAAUCGUCGCAGAGGAAAUGUUGUAGCUGUUCUGGAUCGAAGUUUUUGCAAUGGAAAUUGGCUGGAGGUGUUUAAGAAUAUUAGUCAAAAUGUAUUGCAAAGAACAGCCUCAGACCAUGCCCCUGUUCUGGUGGUGUCAGAUGCCAUUCCUAAACCAGGUAAUAUUCCUUUUAGAUUCAAUAAUUUCUGGAUGAAUAAUGUGAAUUUUGAGGAUACUAUCAGGGAGGUGUGGAAUAAGGAGGUGUCAGGAAACCCCAUUUUGGUGCUUUCUCAUAAGCUAAAGCAGGUAAAAUUUUUUAUUAAGAGCUGGGCCAGGAAUAAUUUCCCUAAUGUUGAUGAAGAAGUAAAGAAAGCUUCAAAAAAUCUGGAUUCGAUUCAGGAAGAAAUUGAGGUAUCAGGGAUGACGGAUGAUCUGUUUGACAGAGAGGCAGACGCUAAGACAUAUCUCUUGAAAGCAACUCAAAUGCAAGACAGUUUUUGGUCUCAAAAGGCCAAACAGAGGUGGAUGAAAGAGGGGAACAGGAACUCAAAAUUCUUCCACCUCUCUGUUCAAAUGAGACAGUCGCGAAAUCAAAUCCGUACCUUGACGAAUAUGAAUGGUGAAUGGAUUAGUGACCAGCAUAGGUUGUCAUCUUAUAUUUCUGAAUAUUAUGAAGCUUUCCAUAGUGCCGCUCAGACUACUUCACAUCAUAAUUUAUUGAAUUGUAUCCCCAAGGAGAUUUGUGAGGCAGAUGCACUGGGUUUAGAGACUAUGCCCUCUUUGGAAGAAAUAAAAAACUUUGUUUGGGAGGUGGAUCCAGACAGCUCUCCUGGGCCUGAUGGAUUUCAUGGGAAGUUUUUUAGAAGAGUUUGGAAUAUAGUGGAAGCGGACUUUUGCAGGACUGUGAGGCACUUCUUCAGAACGGGGUUUCUUCCUAAGGGUGUGAACAACUGUUUUCUCACUUUAAUUCCGAAGGUGCCGGGAGCUGUGAGACUGGACAAGUUUAGGCCGAUUUGUAUGGGGAAUUUCUUUUGUAAGGUGCUAUCAAAAAUUAUGGUAAAUAGAGUUUCGGAGCUGCUUCCCAGGCUGAUCUCAGAGGAACAAGGUGCAUUCCAGAAGGGGAAAAUAAUAUCUGAGAAUAUCAGCCUUGCCUCAGAGUUGGCAAAUCUGAUGUAUACUGUAGUCAGGGGAGGAGGUAUGGGGAUCAAAAUUGAUAUUCAGAAAGCAUACGACUCGCAUUCUUGGGAUUUCCUUUUUGAAGUCCUAAAAAAGUUUGGUUUCCCUCAGAAAUGGAUAUCUUGGAUUCAUGAAAUCCUUGUCUCUACUAGGAUUUCGGUCUUAGUAAAUGGGGGACCGGUGGGCUUCUUCCCUGUGGGUCGUGGUCUUCUCCAGGGUGAUCCUUUAUCUCCCUUUCUCUUUAUUCUGGCAGAAGAAGUGCUCUGCAGAGGGUUAAGAAGCAUGGUUGCGGAAGGUGCUCUUAAAUCCUUGCCCGGGCCAAGAGUUUAUUGGUGGCCUCAAGCAUCAAUUAAAACUGUAGAAUCAUGGAUGAGGAACUUCAUUUGGUCUGGCCAAAUGGAAGGUCAGAAAAAAAUCACUGUCAAAUGGGAGGAUUGUUGCAAGCCAAAGAAGGAAGGAGGUCUGGGUAUUCGAAACUUGCGAGAUGUUAACAGAGCUUGUCUAUGUAAAUUAGUAUGGAAGAUCAAGCAUGAGGAUUCUAGAAUGAGUCAAUUUUUCAGAGCAAGGUUUACUACUAGAGACAGGGAUCUCAAGAGCUACAAGUCUUCAUCUAUUUGGCAGGGUCUAAAAAGGGUGUGGGACUUUGUAACCAAUAUGGAGAGCUGGACAGUAGGAAAUGGCAUCAAGAUUAGCUUUUGGAAGGAUCGUUGGUUAGAAAAUUUCUCAUUGGCGGAAUCCUCUAAUCUGGACUUAGAAGCGCUUACUUCGAGGCAGCUGUGGGUGGCGGAUUUCAUUAGAAAUGGUGAGUGGUGCUUCCCAAAUGUUUCUUCAUCAUUCUUGUCUGAAUCACUUGAGAAGGCAAAGAGAAUAUCUCUAACAAAUUUAGAGGAUGUUUGCCACUGGAAACUUUCUUCGUCUGGUGCCUUCUCCUUGGCCUCGGCGUGGGAAGAGAUAAGAAGCAAAAAGGUGCCUGUUUCCUGGUUUUCCAUUCUUUGGAAAGCUCUUUUACAGCCACGACAGGCAGUAUUUGGAUGGAGGCCCUAUGGAAUAUGUUCUGUGAUAUAUUUGGUGUCAGAUGGCAACACUUCACAAGAAUGGAAGAUUUAUUUUAGCUGGUGGAAACGUAAAGCAAAAUCCGUCACAUUCUCAAGAGUAUGGCUUAGUGGCGCGGUGUUAAUUCCUUAUGCAGUUUGGAUGGAGAGAAAUAUGAGAAUCCACGAGGGUACCUAUUGGCAUCACAGGCAGCGUUUUGCUAUGAUUAAAGGAGAGAUAGGGAAUCCUGGAAAGGCUGGAGUUGGUGGUGUGUUUAGAAAUUACAAGGGCGAACCUUUGCUGAAUUUCAAAAAUUUUGUUGGUGUAAAAUCAAACUUUGAAGCUGACUUCUUAGCUCUCAUUACCGGCCUUGAACAUGCAAAAAACUCUUGUAUCCAAAACCUUUGGAUCGAGUGUGACUCUACUGCUGUUGUGUUCUUAUUCUCCAAAGGGCUGGUUCCAUGGUUUAUUCAGCAAAGAUGGAGGGGCGUUCUCUCUUAUUUGGGCUCAAUUUCUUGGAAAGUCACUCAUUGUUACCGCGAAGCGAAUGUGGUAGCUGAUUUCUUAGCGAAAACAACAGCAAGAUUUGAAUCGAAUUCCCCUGUCGAGACUUGGCCCCUUCUCACCUCCAGGGAGCUGGAAUUGGAUGCAGCCCAAUGGUCAAGAUUCCGAUUCACUUAG